UCAACGUCACCAUUACCCUCCUCUACCCGUUCUUUUUGCCUCUCCCUUCGAGUCACCCAUAUCAUGAGAUUCCUGAGUAGGUAUCCUUCGCCCUUGACAACCUUGACCAAGUUAUAUUCUACCAUCCAACAGGAAGCUCAACUCCAUAGCCACCUCAAACCACAAAAAUCAAACACCAUUCUUAAGGGCUACGUCAAGACCAGCUCCACCAUUAAGGCCCUCUUACUCUUUCGAAGCCUAUGGAGAAAAGGCACUUCUUGCAUCGACAGCUUCUCCCUCCUCCUCAUCCUCAAGGCAUGCACUCUGAAGUCCCAUGUCGGAGAAGGCAAACAAGUUCACGCUAUGAUCAUAAACCUGGGCUUUGAAUCAGUCAUUUUCCUUCAAACAACUCUACUGAAUAUGUAUUCGGCAAUGGGAAACCUUGAUGAUGCACAUCGCCUGUUCGAUGAAAUCCCCUCCAAAAAUGUUGUCUGCUGGACUGCCUUGAUUUCAGCUUAUGUCAACAACGGGAAGCCUAAUAAGGCUCUCAAGAUCUUCAGACAAAUGCAAGUGGAUAAUGUGGAGCCAGAUCAGGUGACUGUCACUGUUGCUCUCUCUGCAUGUGCAGAUCUUGGAGCGCUGGACAUGGGAGAAUGGAUCCAUGCCUAUGUCUGUCGUUAUCAAGGGGUUGAAGCAGAUCUAUGCCUUAAUAAUGCUCUCAUAAACAUGUAUGCAAAAUGUGGGGACAUAAGAAAAGCCAGGAGAUUGUUUGAUAGGGUGAAGCAGAAGGAUGUCGCUACUUGGACAUCAAUGAUUGUCGGCCACGCUCUGCAUGGGCAAACAGAAGAAGCUCUGCAACUUUUUGAGAAAAUGGAAGAAAGUAACAGGUGCAGGAAUAGAAACAGGAACAAUAGUGAUCAGAGAAGUAAUUUAGUGCUACCCAACCAAGUUACAUUCAUUGGAGUCUUAAUGGCUUGUAGCCACGCAGGGCUUGUGGAAGAAGGGAGGCAAUAUUUGAAAAGCAUGAAGGAAAAUUAUGGUUUGACCCCUCAGAUUUCUCACCAUGGCUGCAUUGUUGAUCUCUUGUGCCGAGCUGGGCUUCUGGAAGAGGCCUAUGGCUUUAUCAUGAACAUGCCAAUUCAGGCAAGUGUAGUGGUGUGGCGUACCUUGCUCAGUGCUAGUAGCCUCCAUGGGAACAUUGAACUUGCAGCAAAUAUCCAUCACCGGCUGCGUGAGUUAGAGCCUAACCACGCUGGUGAUGAUGUUACCAUGUCUAACACCUAUGCUGCUGCAGGUAUGUGGAACAAUAAGUUAACUGUAAGAGAUCAGAUGAUGCAACGGCGACCUCCAGGUAGCAGCUCAAUCGAAGUGGGAAGUACAGUUCAUGAGUUUGUGGCCGCUGAUAAGAGUCAUCCUUUAAGAAGGGAUAUAUAUGCCACCAUUGAGGGUAUGAACAAGAACAUUAAGGCUUUUGGCUACACACCAGAUAUCUCAUGGUAGGAUUACAACAGCAAAACAGAGUACUAAAGUUAAUAGACCAACAGUG